GAUUGAUCGAGAUCAAAUAUAUAUCAACGUUAAUCGAAUCAUUGUAUUCACAAUCGCAUAGUGUCAUUUUAAGGAGAAUUGAAUAUCGUAUUUUCCCACAUUUUCUACAAUUCACAUUAACAAGUGUGAGUUUGUGUUUGUUAGGUGAUAGUUUUCUUAUCAGUUGCAACCAAGAAAGAUAUAAACAAAUCAAUAAAAUUUUUAUUUAUUGAUAUAUUUAUAUUGAUAGCAACUCCCAAAUUGCUUCGAUAUAAGAUAAUAAAAAGGUGUGAAUAUGUCUCACCAUAUACAUGAUAGAGAUCAGGGGACGUCAUCUGCUCUUCUAGAGCAAUUGGUUUAUAUUGAUAACUUUAUGACCAAUACUUCUGAAGAUACCCCUAAUUUGGAUGUUGAUGGACAACUCUCUUUGGAUCUUGCAGCUUUUGCUGAUGAUUCCUUUAUAUUUCCAGACUCGGAAAAACCUAAAAAAGAUAAAGAUAAUGACGAUGAACAUGAACAUGAUAAUCUUGGAUUUGGACAUCAUUUCAUCCCUCAAGAACAAAAUGAGAAUCAAAAUCACCUUCAAAAUCAAUCUUCAAAUAAUUCAAACAUAAAUGAAUUAAAUUUAUCAAAUCUCCUUGAUAAGCCUUCUUCAUUGCUUCAUAAUCAUCAUGAACCAUUUUCAAUUCAUGAAACCAAUUCAAAUAACAAAAGUAAUAAUAAUCAUAAUAAUCACAAUAAUCACAAUAACUCGAAUUCUAAUUCUGUGAAUAUUGCUGAACUUCCUAAAGUACCAGUACCUCCAGGAGCUCAAUCAUCGUUAGUGGCAGCAGGAUUAUCACAAAAUCAAAUUGAUUUGUUGGCAGCAUUAGUGGCACAACAUCAACAUACUGCACCCAUAGUGAAUAAGGCACCUACAUCAACCAAUUCAUUUGCAAAUACUCCUGAGUUUGAUCUGAUGAGUCCAGUAAGACAACAUAAUCAUAUUUCUACUUUUACAGAUGGGAAUGAUUCAUUUAAAUUUGAAGAAGUUACCCCUUCAUCAACUACAUCAUCAUCAAAUUCUUCAAUUAGAGUAAAGGUUGAAUCUCCAAACAAUUUAUCAAGCUUCAAUGUACCAUUUAACCAUAAAAGAGCAGGCUCUGUGGAUGGCAGUGAUGGUUUACCGUCGUCAGAUUUGGAUAAAAGACGUCGAAAUACUGCUGCAUCUGCAAGAUUCCGAAUUAAAAAGAAACAAAAGGAAAAGGAAAUGGAACAAACUAUUGUAAGUUUAAAUGAUGCAACUCAUGGAUUGGAAUUGAAGAUUCAACAAUUGGAAAUGGAAAAUAAGUUAUUAAGAAAUUUAAUUGUUGAAAAGGGUAGUAAGAGAUCUGAGGAUGAAUUAAAACAGCUUAAACAAAGAGCCCAGCAAGGAGAUAAUAAUUUCAAUGGGGUACAUCAAUAG